UGAUUGGUGAGAAAGGGUGGAUUUAUGCGCGUUUGUUCCCGUUUUUUUUUGUAAGCGUUUCUCAUUUCUUUCAGGCAUUAUUACUGCAAUUUAUGCCUGUUAUACAAUUCUGAGAUUUGCCGAGAAGAUUACUGACAAGGUUUAGGGUUUUUUGGCGCCAUAAUUCCUGAAAGUCUGAACAAAGGCGCUUCAUAAUGUCAAGCAUGUCUCAUUGGCGGGACACAUGUGGCCUGGACUGUAAAGUCUACGUAGGUGACUUGGGAUCUGGGGCAGCUAAACAUGAACUAGAAAGAGCUUUCAGUCACUAUGGGCCGUUGCGCAAUGUCUGGGUUGCAAGGAACCCGCCUGGUUUUGCAUUUGUAGAGUUUGAAGACCCAAGAGAUGCAAGUGAUUCAGUUAGAGGACUGGAUGGAAGGGUUAUAUGCGGAAGGCGUGUCAGAGUUGAGCAAUCUAGUGGUAAGAGCAGAAGGCCUCGAUACAGAGAGAGGGGACCUCCCCCACCACCACGUAGAAGUCAUUAUGAUGAUCGUGAUUAUGACCGCCGACCCAGCAGAAGGUCACCCAGACGAUCUUAUUCUCGAUCGCCACCUCCUCGUCGAUCUUCUGGUGGUAAAUAUAGUAGAAGUCGUAGCAGAAGUGGAAGCAGGUCAUUUUCUGCCAAGAAUACAAGCCGCUCUAUGUCUGGUGAGAGAAGACGCUCAUACUCACGAGAACGCCUUUCUCCUGAAAAAAGUCGCACUCCAACGCCGGAACCUGAUGGAAGUAGGAAUGGUGAUCAAUCAGACAUCGAAGCUUCUGGUUCAGCCGAAGAGGACUAGACAAACGCACACAAACACACAUAUAUAUAUAUAUAUACACACAUACAGUCUAAAAAUAUUAAGUACACAAGUGUUAGAAACAUUUUCAGGAGUUGAGUUCAACAAAAUCAUGUAAUCUUUAUCUCAUCACGUGAUAUUUUUAAUACUAUUUUUUAUGUUUGAGUGUUUGUUAAUGUCUAGAUAUUUCCAUGUACACCCUGUAUCAUCUGCAGUACUAGUACAUUACAUUUUAGUCUUAGGGAUGUGCAAGAAUUUGCUGAAAUGCCCCCUCCCCCCCCAAAAAAAAAUUUGUUUGAUUUAUCGAGGCGUUUACUAAAAAAGAACUUGCAUUACACCAUUGGCUUUACAGUAGGCAAUGUCACUGUUUUGUUUUUUUUGUCAUCAGCUGUGGUCUCAACUAAAUGCUUUGUUGAAAAAUGAUAUAGCUGCCGAUUUAAUUGUCAUAGAAAUAGAGUGCUGUAAUUAUUUUUUGCAGGUGAUUUGUAAAUUUUCAGCAAGGCCAAUAAAUGUGUUGAUACUCCCUUGCACAUCUGGUUCACACUUGGCGUUUUCUGUUGUAAGGCAGCAUUUAUAUUUUUCAGUGAUAGAUCAGAUGUACACAGUGAUAUAGCACUUGGAUUAUUUCAUGAGUUGAAAUGUCUAGACCUUUUGUAUUUGUAAAUUGGAUGAAGGAAAUAAAACUAAUAGUGUACACAUGGGUUUUAAUGCAACAAA